UGUGCGAAGAGGCGAGACAAAGAUGGCGGCGACGGGAGAGGAAACAGCGUGAUAUGCUGGAGUAGUUGAACAGUACUCGAAUAUCACCACUGUCAGACCAGAGUUUGUAAAAUUACCACAAUGUCGCUGUAGGACGUGCUUUGUUGUACUUAUUACACCACCAUUUGACAUAUUCCCCGCGAGAAUAUUCAUCUUCUAAUUGAGGAGAAGGAAAUCUCACCGGGAGCAUGGCUUCGCGCAGUAACCAGUAUAUCUUCGGGGAGUUCAGCCCAGAUGAAUUCAAUCAAUUUUUUGUGACUCCCCGUUGUUUUGUGGAGCUGCCCCCCUUCAAUGACAAAGUGUCCUGCAUCAGCCACUCCUCAGGAAGUUACUGCACUCCUGCUGUGCCUUACAUUACGGAGUCAAUGAGACGGCAGGUUUGCGGAGAAGACUUCCAGCGCAUUGAGUUUGGCGUGGACGAGGUGAUGGACUCUGAGCCUGUGGGGGUGUUCAAGGUGAACAGCACCCUGAACCCCCAGGCUCCGGAGUUCAUCCUGGGCUGUCAGCCUUCCCAGAAGUCCCUGCCCACCACCACAAUCACCACAGCAGCACCACCACCAGAGCCGGAGUCAGACAUCCCAGACGGCGCCGACUUCAACUCGGUAGACUGCGGCGACUCCGAGCCCUCUGCCACGGACGGCGGCCAGGCCUGCCAGGAGCUGGACGGCGUGGGAGGGGGGCUGGGCCAGCGUGAGCGCAAAAAAAAGAAAAAGCGCCCGCCGGGAUACUAUAAUUACCUGGAGGGGUCGGGCGGGAGUGGGGGCGGCGGCGGUGGUGUGGUGGCAGACGGGCAGCUGGGUGCAGGACUCGUGAACGGACACUCUGCACUCGGUGGCGUCCCUGCCCUGGCCUCCGAGGACACGAGCCCCGAGGGGCUGUCGGGCACCGAACUGGGCACGCCGAGUCCGACCAGCACCCCCAGCGCUGCUGCCUCAGUCACCGCCAUCAACGCCACCACCUCCGCACCCACAGCCGCAGCCACCCCCGCCCAUCAGAGGACUUGUGCCAGCCCUGAUGAAUCUUCUCUGGACUUGACAAGCGGCGCCGCCUCCUCUUCCUCGGAUGGCAACAACGCCGCUUCCUCCUCUUCCUCCUCCUCUUCGUCAUCGUCCUCCUCUUCCUCCUCCUCUUCCUCUCAGAGCAGGACUGCAGAGCAACCUGCUGCCGAGAGGCCCGAACUAUUGGCGGCGGGGGCAAGCGGACACAGUCCGCGCCCCGCCUCCCCUCCUCCAACCCUGCCGGCUGCCUGCUCAGCCAACCCCCUCGCAGCUGCCACUACUGGCGCAGCUGCUGCUACUACUGAGGAGUUGGAGGAGACGCCGAGGGCGGAGGAGGAGGAGGAGGAGGAGGAGGAGGUGGUGCAGCAGGAGGUGGAGGGUGUAGAGGACAGUAGUGCGGCAGUAACCAAUGGCCUGGCUGAGCCCGGCUCUGCAGACGGACAUGAGGACUCCUCUGAGGCAGGGGAGCCAGCGCAGCAGAGCUCCCCCGCCUCAGCAGCUCCCUCUGGAGUACAGCAGCCGCCACAGCAGGCUGAGCAGACACAAGCCACCGCCACCGCCACCGCCACCUCUCCUGCUGCUGCCUCCACGGCAGCGGCACCUGCUGCCAACCCGCCCAAGUCCUGGGCCAGCCUUUUCCACAACUCCAAGCCUCUGCCCGGCGGCCCCCAGGCCUACGUGGAGGUGAAGAACGUGCCAGCAGUGACCGCCUCCUCUCCGCCUCCGGCCGAGGUGCCUGAGAAGGCGGGAGAGGUGCGCGAGGGCCCGGUCCCCGUCACGGAAGACCCCAUGGCCCUCAAACUGGCAGAUCUUGUAGAGAAUGUGAAACUGAUACACAAACCAGUGUCUUUGCAACCCAGAGGACUGAUCAACAAGGGAAACUGGUGCUAUAUCAAUGCUACCUUGCAGGCCCUGAUUGCAUGUCCCCCCAUGUAUCACCUGAUGAAGUCUAUCCCCCUGUUCAACGAGACCCAGAGACCAUGCACAUCAACACCUAUGAUGGAUAACUUUGUUCGGCUUGUGAAUGAAUUUAGUAACAUGCCUGUGCCCUCAAAGGCCAAACUUCAAGCUGCUGGAGACAAAGUCAUGAAAGACAUCAGACCGGGCGUCGCCUUUGAGCCCACCUACAUUUACAGGCUCCUCACUCUAAUCAAGUCCAGCCUUUCUGAGAAGGGUCGGCAGGAAGAUGCGGAGGAGUACCUAGGCUUCACGCUGAACGGCCUGCACGAGGAGAUGCUGGCCCUCAAGAAGCUCAUCUCUCCGCAGGAAGACAAAGUGUCAACGCCAAACGGGCCCAACUCGCAGCCGGGUCUGGCAGGCAACUCAGCAGAGAAGGACGAGGAGGAGGGCAGCGACGACGAGUGGGAACAAGUGGGGCCCAGAAACAAGACCUCCAUCACCCGCCAGACAGACUUCAUCCGCACCCCCAUCACAGACAUCUUCGGAGGCCACAUCAGGUCGGUGGUGUACCAGCAGAGCUCCAAGGAGUCGGCCACCCUGCAGCCCUUCUUCACCCUGCAGCUGGACAUCCAGUCUGAGAAGAUCCGCACCGUCCAGGAUGCCCUGGAGACGCUCGUGGCCCGCGAGUCUGUGCAGGGCUACACCACUAAGACUAAGCAGGAGAUUGAAAUCAGCCGGAGAGUGACCCUGGAAGAGCUGCCUCCUGUACUUGUUCUGCACCUCAAGAGGUUCGUGUUCGAGAAAACUGGUGGAUGUCAAAAACUCAUCAAGAACAUUGACUACCCCGUAGACCUGGAAAUCAGCAAAGAUCUCCUGUCUCCAGGUGUCCGGGGCAAGAUCUUCAAAGGCCAAAGAACCUAUAGGCUCUUUGCAGUUGUGUAUCACCACGGGAACAGUGCAACGGGUGGCCACUACACUACGGACGUCUUCCACAUCGGUCUGAACGGCUGGCUGCGCAUCGACGACCAGGCUGUGAAGGUCAUCAACCAGUACCAGGUGGUGAAGCAGACCGCCGAGCGCACAGCCUACCUGCUGUACUACCGCCGCGUCGACCUGCUGUAGAGGGAAACCACACUGCGCGCACACACCAAACGCCAACACACCUCAGUUAACACCUCAGCAGAAACAAAUCUACACACGUACAUAUACACACAUACAAUGCUGCACCACAUGUACGUAUGUACACACGAUGUGUUCAUGUGCGUACACAUACACAAAUGCAUACAUGCACACACUGACGCAGACGCAGACGCGCACAUACAGAAAACAAAAUACAGAUGACACAUCCACAUUUGUUUCAACAGGAACACUGCCCAACUUCUUAUCUUGCAAGAGUUUCCCUUACUCCUCCCACCUCCCCCCGUCCUCGACCCCUCUGCUUUUCCCAACAGCCAGCUUUUUACCAGCGGCAACCUUUUUUCCUUUAAAUAUUUUUUGGAAGUGAAAGACAUUUCUUAAACACACACAGAACAUACAGCAGUGUGGGAACACUUUCCAGAGAUGGUUUACUAUGGAGUGUCUGACCCCAAGGGGUCCGUGGCGCACCGUUGUGGAUGCGUGGGAUUCUGGGAUUUGGGUUUGGGGUGGAUGGGGGUGGGGGACUGCUUUGGGUUGG